GCUGGAUUGGUCGAGCAGGGUCACGUGACGGCGCUGCGCUGAGUUUCUACGACAGCUGGGAGCCGCGCGAGAGGCGGCUGUGCCUGCGACGCUUCGCACAAAGUUUCUGAAGCAUGGGAGACAAGAGGAGUCCGACGAGGCCGAAACGGCAAGCGAAGCCCUUCUCCGACGACGGUUACUGGGACUGCAGCGUGUGUACAUUCAAGAACAGCGCCGAAGCGUUCAAAUGCAUGAUGUGCGAUGUCAGGAAGGGCACGUCAACGCGUCUUCCCUUUCCCCCCCCCCACAGGAAACCUCGUCCUGUCACACAGCAGUUUGCUUCACCCACACAACCCAAGAAAGAGAAAAAGGAGAAGACUGAGAAGGACAAGAACGAGAGAGAACCGACACUGAAAAAGAACAGCCACAAGAAAAUGAGGCCCAGGUUAAAAAAUGUGGACCGCAGCAGUGCACAACAUCUGGAAGUGACAGUGGGAGAUCUGACGGUUAUCAUAACAGACUUUAAGGAGAAAAGUAAGCCCUCCUCCAGUUCGUCCUCCAGCGCAGCAUCUGGAGACCACCACAGCCAGAGCGGAUCCAACUCAGACAACACAGAGAAGGGGAUCUCCAGAUCCUCAUCCCCGCGAGGGGAGGGUUCCUUACUCAACGGGGAAUCUCACUAGGAACCCGUGGAUUACAAACGUUACUUCCAGUCUCCUGCACCUAAUAUAUCCAUUUUAAACGAACAGACACAGGAGCGCGCUUAUGUAUGCCAAGACUUACCGAGACACAGACUUAACCCAGCAAUAUAAGCCAUCUCUCACUACUACCACAGUUAUAGAAUCUGAAACAUAGGUUUUCACCACGAUACACUCGCCCUGGUUUGUUACAGUGCCCAGUAGGUCAGCUUGAGAUAAACUGUAGACUUUGUAAGCAAUUUUGAUGAUUGAAUUUUGACAAUUUAAUUUCUAUAGCAUGUGGUAGUAUUAUGAAUCAGAUAAGUAUUGUUGUCUGUUUGGAUUUGGACAUUGACACCCAUUCUCUGUCUCUUCACUAUUGUGACAAUUUCAUAGACCAUUAUUUUUUUAAAUCACAAUAUGUAAUUUCUGCAACAGCACCCAUUACAUCUCGGUAAUUAGCCCUGGGGCUUAAAAACUUUCAACUGGAACAUUGUUGUGAAAGUAUUUGAUUCUACAUUAAUGACAUGUCAGUUGCAAAUUGUUACUUUAAAAUACUUAAAUGCAUUACAGGAUGAGCGUUAAGCCAUCUAUGAAUAACUGACCCAAACAGGACUUCCUUUCUCAAUUGUUUGUUGCACCUGCUGGUACUUUUUGUAUGGUUCUAUGAGAAAAGCCUUUAAACGCAGAAAUUCAUUGUUUAAUUUGUUCUUGUUCAUGUUGUUUUAUUUGAAACUUGUCAUAGAUUGCAUCACUUGUGCGGCUAGUUGUUCUACCAGCGCUGUUUUGUGUUAGAUUGUCUUGAUAUAAUUCUGUUAAUUUCACAAGAAACAUAACAUUUAUGACUAAAAAUGACAAAUGUAUUUGUAAGAAUUCAUCCCAUCCUUUAUGAUGAACGGUGGACGUGGUAUAUAAAUAUAUUGCAGUAUAGGAAAUAUCUCUUAAUAAAAUGUAAGAUUUAGACUCCCGUUGUCAACUAAAACUUAUUUUCAGGGCAAACGAAGACCUUUAAGGGAGUGAUUAUCGAAUUUGGGUUGUUUGUGUGGUGAAAUGUCUGUUAAGUUCUCUUUGAAAUGAGGAUGAUAUUCGCUGUGGGUCUUCAAAGUGUUUUGGUUUUUACCUCUCCAUGAGGGGAGAUGCAAUAUUUGGCAUACGGGUUGAGUCAGAGACAAGGAAGAGUAUUGUUCCUUACUUGACAACUACCAGCAGUGUCUUAACACAACAUGACAAUCCAAUUCUCAAUAGACAUUGCCCAAUACAGCAGACAACAUUUCAUUCCUUUUGUCUCUGAUUAAAAUGAUUUUAAAAAUCCUGUUUUGCUGGUAGAAAAGAACACCAAGUCCAGUUCCUCUAUGCUCCCCACAGGCACUCUUAAAUUAUAAAUA